CAAGAUGGAGAAUAUUAAGCCAAAGCCUGGGAAGCUGUGGGAGCGGACCAACUAUACCUCCCCCGAAGACCGUACAAUGAUUGGAGGGGCCAUAGGUAUGUUGAUGGCCUUGAACCCCCGCGCUUUACCAGGAGCCUACGGAGUCUCGCGAUUCAUUGGAGCAGCGACUCUUGGAUGUGCGUUUGGCUCCAAGAUUGGUCAACUUGUUUUCGUUCGCGUGUCUGAGCCACUUCUCACUCUUCUCCAUGCAAACGACAGCGUUUUGCGGAUGCAGGCAUACGAGAAGUUGCAGCACGACAGCGAAGCGAGAGACUCGCUCUCCAUGGCUGGCAAACUAGCGCUCAAGUACUAUACAUCUCCAUCCUUGGGGUUUUUGCGGUAUCAACUUGCUCUCAUCAGGGGAACAGGUGACAUCUUUGAUGAGCCCCAGCAGACCAAGUCAUCGACCCAGUCCCCUCACGGCCAUGAGUCGCGGUCGUCGCUGCAAGCAGAGGCAAACAAAUACACUGUCGUCCAAGUAGAAUUCAAACAAAGUGAGCUGGCAGGACCAGACAUCGAGGCAGGCUAUCGCGCAUACAAGGACAGUCUCGAUUCGCGAGACGAGGGCAGCAUACGAGACUGGCUGGAGCGCCUCCAGGAUCUCAAGAAGAGAGUAGGUAUCGAGAUACAGUUUGUGUGGAAGCACCUGGCGCAAAGAGAGCAUGAAUUCUACCUUCACGUCAAAGAAGACUGGGUAAAAGACGCUACUCGUCGCGAGCUCCAACUCCUCAACAACAUGGCUGCAGAUCUGGUGACGCGGUACGCGAUACUGGAAUACCACGAAAAAGAUGCUCAGAAGCGACUCGAGCAAAUGAAGCAAACGGAUCCUCUCUCGCCAGCUCCCAUCACAGCGUACGAAACACCACAGCAUCCCACCGUGGUUGCGCAGGACGACUACAAAGGCCUGCAGAUUGUUACCGAGCAGGUGCGAACUAAUUUUUCAAGGCAAAAGGAGCUCUUGGCCCAUCUCCAACAGAACAACUAUUAUUUCAUGGCGUCGCAUCCCGACGAGGGAACACCUCGUUCUGAGCACAGCAAGCAGCUUCAGCGGAACUCGAGCGAUAUGUAUAAGAAUGUUGUGGCUACUGGGCGGUUGCUUGAGUGGCUCGAGGAGCAAGAGCGUGAGGCUGAUGAGCAGGUGAAGAGAUAGGUUUGGUUGAGCACCGACGUAUAUGAUAGCAGACUUGUCUUGUAUCGACACGUUUUAUGGUGUGUGGAGAGCCGUCCUUGCCAGCCCUCGCACCAAAUGAUGAUGCUGCUGCUGCUGCUGAAAGGCUCAAAAA